AUGCCCAAACACGGAGCCCUCGGCGCAACCUUCCAGAUCGCCCGCCUCACCCAGGCCUGCUGCCUCAUCACCAUCAUCGGCCUAACCGCCAACUUCAUCGCCGAGAUCGUCGACAACAACGCCAAACCGCCGGGCGUGUUCAUCGGGACCAUCACCGUGACCUGCAUCGCCGUCAUCUACUGCAUCAUCACUGCCAUCCUCUUCCAAGACGACAUCCUGCCGUGCCUCCUCGCCGCCGCCGCCGACUUCCUGGUCCUCGUCGCCGUGAUCGUCGUGGCGGUGGUCAUCGGCAAGCCGCUGUCGUAUCUGAAGUGCGACGAGAUCCACGACGCCGCGACGGGGGCCGGCGACUCCGCGUAUACUUUUGCCACGCACCUGGAUAGCUAUCUCGCGAAUCUCGGCGGUGAGGUCAAGUACGACAGUCUGAUUGCGGCGACGAAGGGGGUGUGUUUGGAGGCCAAGUCGAUUUGGGGGUUGAGUAUUGCUUUGUGUAUCAUGUUCUUUUUCACGGUGGUGUGCUGCGUCUGUCUCUGGAGACAGAAGAAGGCUGCUGCUGCAGGAGGCGACAAGGCGGAUGCAUGA